GACAAUCAGCUGGUCUUUUUCAAGAUGAGGGGAAUAAUAGCCUUAAUGAGCACAAUAUGCUUUGCUUCCUAUACAUACGGAUUUUCCAUUCGAAGGUCUUCAUUUGAUCCAAAUGCAUUAUUCCAGCAACAAGCUCAGAUUGCAGCUUCGUCUAUUAAAGGAACGGGAAAUGUAGGGUCCCCUAGCGGCGGAUCCUCAGGUUCUCAAUCCGGGGCUUCGUCCGGUACUUCAUCAUCAUUUGACCCAAACUCUCUGAAUAGUCAAAUGAUGCAGAGUGCCAAUAAUGGACCUCCAAAUUCUGGCAGUUCUUCUGGGGCCGCUUCGUCGUUUGAUCCAAAUUCACUCAAUAAUCAAAUGAUGCAAAGUGGUGGUUCAUCAUCCGGGGGAUUCGAUCCAAAUGCUUUAAAUAACCAAAUGAUGCAGCAGAACUCUCAAAGCAGCACUGGAGGAAGCAGUGGCACAUCAUCAUUUGAUCCCAGUGCCGUCAAUAAACCAAUAUCACAGUCUCAAAGCGCUGGUGGUUCAAGUGGUGGGUCUAGUGGAGGUUCCUCUGGGUCCUCGUCGUUCAAUCCAAACACACUGAAUCAACAGAUGUCUCAAUCACAAAGUAGUGGUGGAUCAAGUAGCUCUCCACAAACUAGCGGGAGCUCUGGUGGUUCCUCCUCUGGUUCUUCCUCAUUUAAUCCAAAUGCAAUGAAUCAGCAGAUGUCACAAUCCCAAAGCGCCGGGAGUUCAAGUGCUGGAUCUAGUCAAAUGGGUGGCGGUUCUAGUCAAUCGAGUGGAGGAUCAUCUAGCAUGUCAGGUGGUUUUGAUCCUACUUCCAUGAAUAAUCAGAUGCUACAAAACAAUAUAAAACAGAUGGCUUCUGGGCAACAAGUAAACGCCAAUAUGAUGAGCAGUGGCUCUUCCGGAGGAAGUGGGGGCAGUUCAAGCAUGUCCAGUAUGGGUGGAAGUAGUGGAUCUAGCGGCGGAGGAAGUGGAAGUUUCGACCCAAAUUCCCUAAACAAACCAGAAAAUAAUAAAAUUGACCCAAGCAUGUUCAUGUCCAAUAUGGGCGGCUCAGCUGGCAGUGGCUCGGGCGGAAGCUCGAGUGGUGGAUCCAGCCAAAUGAGUGGUGGAAGCUCUGGAGGGGGUGCAAGUGGUGGAUCCAGCCAAAUGAUGUCACCAUCAAACAUGAUGGGUGGUGGAAGUUCAAGCGGAGGAAGUUCUAGCGGAGGAUCGAGUCAAAUGAUGUCAAACAUGAUGGGUGGUGGAAGUUCAAGUGGAGGAUCAAGUCAGAUGAUGUCACCAUCAAACAUGAUGGGCGGGGGAAGUUCAAGUGGCGGAAGUUCAAGUGGAGGAUCGAGUCAAAUGAUGUCAAACAUGAUGGGCGGAAGUUCAAAUGGCGGAAGUUCAAGCGGAGGAGGUUCUAGCGGUGGAUCAAGUCAAAUGAUGUCGCCUUCCAGUAUGAUGGGUGGUGGAAGUUCUGGAAGCAGCUCUAGUGGUGGGUCAGGUUCUAGUAGCGGGGGAAGCAUGCCCAACUUUAACCCAAAUCAGCUGAUACAGAAUAUGAUGGGUGGGAUGAACCUCAUGAAUCCUAGUCAGUUUAUUGGCAGAAAAAGAUUUGUUCAGUAA